UUACGCACGCCCCGCCCCCUCUACAUUAUCGUUCAUUGUUUGGCGUGAGAGCUAGCCUAAGCCAACCUGCUAGUAGGAGGCUAGCUGGAAAUAAAACGAGCUUCAGGCUCUUGUGCCUACAUAAACGCUCAUAUAUCUUUCCAGCGUUUAUUUGAGAGACUGUCAGAUUCAAAAUGAGCAAGAGGAAAGCGCCACAGGAGUCGCUAAAUGAGGGAAUAACAGACUUUCUCGUCGAAUUGGCCAACUACGAGAAAAAUGUCAACAGAGCAAUACACAAAUACAAUGCAUACAGGAAAGCAGCAUCUACGAUUUCUAAGUACCCUCACAAAAUCAAAAAUGGAGAAGAGGCCAAGAAACUGGAUGGUGUUGGAGCUAAAAUAGCAGAGAAGAUUGAUGAGUUUCUGCAAACUGGCAAACUUAGGAAACUGGAAAAGAUCCGAAACGAUGACACUAGCUCUUCCAUCAAUUUCCUCACCAGAGUUACUGGAAUUGGACCUGCUGCUGCAAGGAAGUUUGUUGAAGAAGGGGUGAAGACUUUAGAAGAUUUGAAAAAGAUCGAGCGCAAGCUAAACCAUCAUCAACAGAUUGGCCUGAAGUACUUUGAAGAGUUUGAGAAAAGGAUUCCAAGAGCUGAAAUGGAAAAGAUGGAGACUCUUAUUCUUGGAGAGUUGGAGAAAGUUGAUCAAGAAUAUAUUGGAACAAUCUGUGGAAGCUACAGGAGAGGUGCUGCAUCGAGUGGUGAUAUUGAUAUUUUGCUGACCCAUCCAAACUACACCUCUCAGACUGAGAAGCAGCCAAAACUCCUUCAUGCUGUGGUUGAGCAUUUGGAGUCCAUCGGGUUUGUGACUGACACACUGUCCAAAGGAGACACCAAGUUCAUGGGAGUCUGCCAGCUGCAGCAGAAUGAUGAGGAUGACGAGGAAUACCUUCACAGACGUAUUGACAUUAGGUUAAUUCCCAAGGAUCAGUACUACUGUGGAGUUUUGUAUUUUACUGGCAGUGACAUCUUCAACAAAAAUAUGAGGACCCACGCACUGGAGAAGGGCUUCACUCUCAACGAGUACACUAUACGACCACUGGGGGUCACUGGUAUGGCAGGGGAGCCUCUGUUGGUGAAUAGUGAGAAAGACAUCUUUGAUUACAUCCAGUACAAAUACAGAGAGCCGAAGGAUCGCAGCGAGUGAAGCAAAGGACAGCUUUACAGUUAGAUCUGGAAUUAAAGCCACAAUUCUCCUAAAAGAAAAGAACUAAAAAAAAUAAAUGUUUCCUGGUGUGUUACUCUUAUCCCUGCUUAGCCAUGACAUUUAUAGAAAAUAAUGUGAAACAAUUUUAAUUUGUUUUAAUUUUCUUCCCCAGUCAUGAUAUUAUGAUAUAAACAUGACAAUGCUUUGAAAGAAAAAUUACCUGAGGUUUAAUUCUUCACAGUCAGGCAUUUGCAUCAGUUUUUAAACAGAUUUUUAAAAUCAUCUUCAUUAGUAAUUUAUUAUGUCUUUAUUUUACCUCAUAUGUACCUUUUAAUUUUUGAUAAGCCAAAAAAAGGAUAAUGACCUGCAAGAAGUAAUUACUGUUGACUGGCUCCUGUUACAUUUGUUCAGCAUCACAAACGAUGAAGACUGUGGUCAUCAGAGCAUUCCCCUCGACAACAGUGCUCUUUAACACUUUGCUUUAGUUGUGCAAGGUUUUUAAAUUAUAGUUUUUUAUAUAUUAUUGUAUUUUUGUUUUCUACUUUGGGCAGACCAAUUGGAAAUUAUAAGGGAACAUGCAAGGAAUUUAUGAUUCACAGGCUAGGCUGGUUAUUUACAAAUACAACUGGUUUGGGACAAAAUUGGCAUUGAAAUCUUUUGACAAAUUAGUUGUUUUGGUGGGGUUUUCGUUUGUAUAUUUGUUUUACUCCAUUGCUGUGUGACUGCACUGGUAGAGUUGAGUAAUCUAUUUUGUGUGAAACAAAUCUAUGUAGUGAAGGUUACCACAAUCAUAUCUUCAACGCUUUGUUUUUGAAAGGGGAUAGACUAAAGAUGCAAAACUUGAAUAUUUGAAUUAAGAUAAAACUUAACAACUUACAAUAUGUUUUACAUGUUUACGCAAACGUGUCAGAAAAUAUUUAAGAAAAAAAGGAUCUGUGAGGUUAAUGCAAAUUGUUCAUUUUCUGUAUGUAUGAGUGUAGUAAAUGCAAUACAAAAACCA